AUGGAUGAUAUUAAUCUACACUACAGAUUUCUAAACUGGAGAAGAAGAAUAAGAGAAAUCCGUGAGGUGAGAGCGCUCCGCUAUCAGGAGCGUUACAAGAGGAUCCUGGUUGACGGAGACACACUAAGUUAUCAAGGGAACUCAGAUGAAGUUGGUUGUUACGUUGCACCUCGCCCCCUGUCAAAAGGAAAUUGUUAUUUUGAGGUAACAAUAUUGGAUACAGGUGUCAGGGGAACCAUUGCAGUGGGGUUAGUACCUCAAUACUACAAAUUGGACCACCAGCCUGGAUGGCUUCCUAACUCUGUGGCAUACCAUGCUGAUGAUGGCAAGUUGUACAACGGGAAUGGAGUUGGGCAACAAUUUGGGACAAAGUGUAAUUCUGGAGAUCGAAUUGGAUGUGGCAUACACCCAGAAUCUUUUGAGGCAGGACUAACAUCAGUUUUUUUUACCAAGAACGGAAAGGAGGUGGGAUCCAUAGCUAUCUUGGUUUCUCCAGAGGGACUGUUUCCUGCUGUUGGGAUGCACUCACUUGGAGAGGAGGUCCGCAUUGACCUGCACGCUGAAUGGGGUGCUGAUGAGGAUGACAGUGUGAUGAUGGUAGACAGCCAUGAGGAAGAGUGGGGUCGUCUUCAUGACGUCAAAGUAAUUGGCACGCUACUUGAAUACACUGGGAAAGGGAAGAGCAUCAUGGAUGUUGGUCUAGCUCAGGCUCGCCUCCCACUAAGCACAAGGAGCCACUAUUUUGAGGUUGAAAUAGUUGAUGCUGGAGAAAAGUGCUACAUUGCUCUGGGCCUGGCCAGAAGGGACUAUCCAAAAAACCGGCAUCCUGGAUGGAGCAGAGGAUCUGUUGCAUAUCAUGCAGAUGAUGGGAAGAUUUUCCAUGGGAGUGGUGUGGGAGAUCCCUUUGGACCACGUUGCUUUGAAGGUGACAUCAUGGGGUGCGGGAUUAUGUUUCCACGAGACUACAUCCUCGAUAGUGAAGAAGAAAAUGAAGACUCCCUGGACUCCAUGGAGGUGAAACCGAAGCAGAGACGAGUGCAAAAUGUCCUCUACCUCAAUGAUGAAGAUGAGGAAGAGGAAGGAGAAGAUAUGGAGCAAGAGCAUGAAGGGAAGAAAGUUAUGGUGUUUUUUACACGGAAUGGGAAAAUUAUAGGAAGACGGGAAGCGGUAGUUCCAACAGGUGGGUUCUACCCUACCAUUGGGAUGCUGAGCAGCGGGGAGAAAGUCAAGGUGGAUCUGCACCCUCUGAGUGGCUGAAUUCUGCUGGCCAUUCAUUGGACCUUUCGGGUGACAGCCAGGACUGUAUUCAACACCCCCUUUCACCCCCCACAAUCCCCUCUUACCCCAGGAGUAUUAAGAAAUGCUACACAGAGCAGCCUGAGCAACUCAACCUCUUCGACUGCCCUUCUCCAUUUUUUUUUUAUUUUUCAUCCUUCACCUUGCUUAACAUGCUGAAGAAAUUUGGGUUUGGGAAACAUUAUUGCCAUUUCCUUGGUGUGAGCUUUCAUUUAGUCUCCAAGAGGGGCCUGGCUUAAUGCCACUGCCUCGUAUGCAGAUACACUAGUACGGUUGGGGUCCUUGAGUUUGACCACUGCACAUGAGGAAAGAUUUAUUGCCUGCUUUAACACAAAUUUGAUAUUUUGCACACACGUCAGUGGUUUGAUACAGUUUUAUACUGGCAAAACACUUUACAAACUGUAAUUGACAUCUUUCUGUACCUGUCAGACAUGACUUCUCCUUACCCUUGGGACAAAAGUACUUACAUAAGGGGGUAGGCCUCUACAGAAGCCACAGACAGCCAGUUUAAUGCCUUCUCGUGGCGAGGCACUCAAGCUCCCAAUGCUGGUAUCUCCAGAUGAGCCAGUGGUUUACAAUUUUGUCAGAGUGCAUGAGUUUGCAUGGAAUGAAGCCUUCCCCACAGCACUAAUGAAUGUCUUAUUAUGUAUUAAAAAGUCUAACUGUACAAAAUAUUUAAAUUUAUCAAUAAAGAAAGUUGAUUCACACUGCAGCAGCCCUAACCCCCCACUCAAAUUAGUAAAUGCACCAGUGCAAAGACAAGGGACACCACAACUCAUGACUGAUUAAAAGCUUAACCCCCUAAGUUCCUGGUGCAUAUUUUGUCUUGAAGGCUGGAGUGCUUGAGUGUACACAACUUCCUGCAGCCCCUGGGCAUCCUGUGAGAUACUGUAAAAAUAUAAAGCAUUGCAAAUCUACAAGCCAAGGGGCACAGGUUUAGAUACUUUUUUUUUUUUAAUCAGCCCCCUCCCAAUUAGUGGCUAAAGAAGAAGCCCCUCAGUUCUGUGCAGCUGAAUGUGUUCAGUGUGUUCCAAUAACACCAUGCCCACCUUCUGCAGGAGUGCACAUUCUUGCACUGUCAAUGUAGUGUUAGUGCCAUCUUGUGUUGGUACCUGGUAAUUGCAGCAGUGCAAGCUUCCAACAAAGUGUUUUCAUUCUGGACUUUUCUGUUUUUGGGUAAAGCAGCGUAGCGUUCCAGUCACUUGUCAUUCAGGCCAUCAAUCUGGUGCAGCUGAUGAUAUAUAUAUAUAUAUUUUUUUUUUUUUUUCAUCAUUUGUUAGAGACUCUUCCCCCAUUUUUAUGUGACUUAAAAUCAAAAAGCUGAUUAUGACAGAAAAAAAAAUGAGAUACUCAAAUUUUCCCGAUAGACAAUGCUCCAAGCGGGUGAAGUGAUAAAGGAAGAACUCGUCUCAAUUUUUGCCCCCUGCAAAGGUUGUGUUUUGUUUUAUGGUCCCCCCCCCUGUUUAUUAUAUACAGAUGUACAUACCUGAGAUGUUUAUAUAUGUUAUUAAAGAUGCUAUUUCCAUACACAGCUGCUUCUACAACCUCC